AUGUUUGAAAACCAGACAAGGAUUACAGAAUUCAUCCUCCUGGGAUUUGGAGACAUUUAUGAGUUUCGGAUUCAUCUCAUCCUGGCAUUUCUAGUCAUUUCUAUUGUGACUGUAAUGGGAAACAUUCUCAUUUUGCUGCUUGUUGUCUUUGAUCAGCACUUUAAUACUCCCAUGUACUUCUUCCUGGGCAACCUCUCCUUCCUAGAGGCUUGCUACUCCUCCAAUCUAUUUCCAAGUACAGUUUGGGCUCUCCUGACUGGGAACAAAACUGUCUCCUUCGGUAGCUGCCUCGCCCAGUGGUACAUCUUUGGAUCCUUGGAAAUUGCAGAAUGCUGUUUGCUGUGUGUCAUGUCUUAUGACAGGUAUCUAGCCAUCUGUAAACCGCUGCAUUAUGCAACCAUCAUGAAGACCCAGACUUAUAUCUGGUUAGCAGCUACUUCUUGGUUUAAUGGCUUUUUCACUUUUCUUAUAUUACUCAUUCUGAUGUUGCAGUUACCUUUUUGUGGCCCCAAUGAAAUGGAUAAUUAUUUUUGUGAUUAUUUCCCACUCCUAACACUCUCAUGCAGUGAUACCAGCUUGAUGAAAAUGUUGGGUAUUGUUGAGGCAGCGGUUUUUACACUUCCUCCUUUUUUUCUGACCUUGACAUCCUAUGUAUAUAUUAUAGCAGCCAUCUUGAAAAUCCCCUCCUCCACAGGGAGGAAAAAGGCCUUUUCCACUUGUUCUUCUCACUUGGUUUUGGUUACUAUUUUCUAUGGGUCUCUAAUGACUGCAUAUAUGAUUCCGAAGCAAGAAAUGAAGAGAGAGAUGGAAAAGUAUUCCUCUCUCCUUUACACUGUGCUGCCCCCUUUGCUCAAUCCUUUCAUAUACAGCCUGAGAAACAAAGAGGUAAAGGAUGCACUGAGAAAUAAUGUUGAUAGGUUCUGCCAUACAAAGCAAGUCAAAAGAAACUAG